UCGAGCGUUGCGUCACGGGCACGUCCACUGUGCUGGGGCUCGGAGACGCUGACCAUCCAAUUCAUGCAUCCAGAGGCGCGGGGAGACGUCGGCGCUCGUUGGGGAGAAACGCGUUUGUUCCAUGUUCGUUUCUGAUUCUGGUUUGCCACGGAGCGGUUCGGACGGGCGGGCGGCUGCAGCGGCGCUCCUUUUGUGCAAACCGGACGACUCGCUUGUCAAGCUCGCAGAAGACACAGCUUCCACUCCGCAUCAUGUUUGAACGCCGAUAAUCAGUUCGAAAUAUACAUGACUGUGCAGCUGCAUCGCACUUAGCCUCGUCGGGCUCUAGUAGCUUCUCCUCUUUUCUUUUCUUUCUUUUUUUUUCAAUUACUAUUGCAAAGAAAUAAUAAUAAUAAUAAUAAAAAGAAAAGAAAACGGCUGGAGAGACCACAGUGUGGGUGCAACUGGAGGCACGAUCGCACCCCGGACCAUUGAGAGAACGGUUCGGAUGAGGCGGUUCGGUUGUAGAAAUCCAGCCAACUUUUCAUCUUUUCGGUUCUAGCAGCAGUGCCAUCGGGCAUUGCUCAGGAGAUGGCGAUGAGGUUGUUCUACUUGGGAUUUAUUCUCUGCUUGGAGGUCAUGUCUCCUAACGGUGCCACCGUAGGUCCCAAAUCAGAUGAUCCUCCCAAGACUUGCAACCCUAAGCAGUUUGCCUGUAAGGACCAUGUGACCUGUAUCUCCAAAGGUUGGCGCUGUGAUGGGGAGAAGGACUGUCCAGAUGGCUCAGAUGAAUCACCAGAUAUCUGCUCACACCACAGGCCAAACCAGUGUCCAGUCAAUGAACACAGCUGCUUGGACCUGGAUGCCUGCAUCCAUAUGAGCAAACUGUGUGAUGGAGUUUCUGAUUGUUCGGAUGGCUGGGAUGAGGGACCUCACUGUAGAGAAAAAGCACCAGAAUGUGCCGCCUUUGGGUGCGAGUUUCACUGCGGAGUGACUCAUGACGGCCCGCGGUGCUACUGCAGAACGGGCUAUGAGGUCGCUGCAGAUGGAAAGAAGUGCAAAGAUUUCAAUGAGUGCAAUGUGUAUGGGACAUGCAGUCAAACUUGCACGAACACAGAAGGAAGCUACACCUGCAGCUGUGUUGAAGGCUAUCUGCUGCAGCCAGAUAACCGCUCUUGCAAAGCCAAAAAUGAGCCAGUGGAUCGUCUGCCUGUUCUGUUGAUCGCCAAUCUCCACGGCAUCCGAUGCACAUCCCUGAUUGGCUCAGCGUCCCGACUGUCUGUUCCACGCACCAAUCAGACAAUGGCGAUGGAUUUUAUAUAUGCAGAGGAGACGGUUUGCUGGAUAGAUGUGGGUGAUUCCCCCGCUGCCACUCAGCUGAAGUGUACCAAUAUUCAAGACCAGAAGGCAAACGGCACAAGCAUCCGAACCGUCAACAUCGCCCUCAGCUUGCACCAUGUGGAGCAGAUGGCAAUCGACUGGCUGACUGGAAACUUCUACUUUGUUGAUGACGUGGGUGACCGUGUGUUUGUGUGCAACAAGAACGGCCAGACUUGUGUGACCCUGCUGGACCAAGAGCUACAUAACCCAAAGGGCAUAGCCCUGGACCCGACCAUGGGGAAACUGUUCUUCACGGACUACGGCUCCACGCCCAGGGUGGAGCGUUGCGACAUGGACGGCCAGAACCGCACCAAGCUGGUGGACAGCAAGAUUGUCUUCCCCCACGGCAUCACCCUGGACCUGGUGAACCGGCUGGUGUACUGGGCUGAUGCGUACCUGAAUUACAUCGAAGUGGUGGACUAUGAGGGCAAGAACCGACACACCAUCAUUCAGGGCCUGCAGAUUGGGCACUUUUAUGGACUGACUGUAUUUGAGAACUACCUCUAUGCGACAAAUUCAGAAGAAGGCAGCCUCAACCCAAAGACAAGUGUGAUCCGGGUGAACCGCUUCGACAGUUCCGAAUUCCAUGUGGUGACCCGUUUGGAUCGGGGAGCCACGCUGCACGUGUACCACCAGCGACUCCAACCUCAAGUGCGCAGCCAUGCUUGUGCCCUGGAUCAAUUUGGAAAACCUGGAGGCUGCUCCGACAUUUGUCUGCUGAGCAACAGCCACAAGGCGCGUACCUGCCGCUGCCGCUCUGGAUUCAGCCUCGGCAGUGAUGGCAAGUCCUGCAAGAAACCAGAGCACGAGUUGUUCCUGGUGUACGGGAAGGGUCGCCCCGGAAUCAUCCGGGGCAUGGACAUGAACGCCAAGGUGCCUGAUGAGUACAUGAUUCCCAUCGAGAACCUGAUGAAUCCCCGAGCUCUGGACUUCCACGCCGCCAGUGAAUUCAUCUACUUUGCAGACGCCACCAGCAACAUUAUUGGCCGACAGAAGAUCGACGGCACAGAGAGAGACACCAUUCUAAAGGAUGGUAUUCACACAGUAGAGGGGAUAGCAGUUGACUGGAUAGGAGGAAAUCUCUACUGGACCGAUGAUGGACCUAAAAAGACUAUCAGUGUUGCCAGGUUGGAGAAGGCUUCACAAACUCGCAGAACUCUCAUUGAGGGAAAAAUGAGCCACCCCCGGGCUAUUGUUGUGGACCCACAGCACGGGUGGAUGUACUGGACUGACUGGGAGGAGGACCCCACAGAAAGCAACAGAGGGAAAAUUAAGAAAGCUUGGAUGGACGGUUCACAUCACCAAGUCUUCCUGACCAGCAAAACGGUGUUGUGGCCCAACGGUCUGAGUCUGGACAUUCCUCAGGGCAUCCUGUACUGGGUGGAUGCUUACUACGACAGAAUUGAGAUGGUUUUCCUUAACACCACAGAGAGAAAGGUCGUCUAUGAGAGCCAGGAGCUUAACCAUGCAUUCGGCUUGUGCCAUCAUGGAAAGUUUCUGUUUUGGAACGAGUACCGCGGCGGGAGCAUCUACAAGCUUGACCAGGAAACCAAAACCGUCACUUUGCUUCGCAACGAGAGGCCUCCUAUAUUUGAGAUCAGAGUGUACGACGCUCACCUACAGCAGGGCACCAAUAAAUGCAGAACAAACAACGGUGGCUGCAGCAGUCUGUGCCUCGCCAUUCCUAACGGCAGGUCCUGUGGCUGCGCCGACGAUCAAAUCCUCGACGUCGACAACGUCACCUGCAAAGCCAACCCCUCCUACGUUCCCCCGCCCCAGUGCCAGCCGGGAGAGUUCGCCUGCAAGAACAACCGCUGCAUCCAAGAACGCUGGAAAUGCGACGGGGACAACGAUUGUCUGGACAACAGCGACGAGGCCCCUGACCUCUGCCACCAACACACUUGCCCUGCAGACAGAUUCAAGUGCCAGAACAACCGCUGCAUCCCGCUGCGGUGGCUUUGCGAUGGCGACAACGACUGCGGCAACGAUGAAGACGAGUCCAACACCACCUGCUCUGCUCGCACUUGCCCACCAAACCAGUUCCUCUGUACCAGUUCGCGCUGCAUCCCCAUCUCCUGGAGAUGUGACCUAGACGAUGACUGUGGAGAUCGUUCAGAUGAGCCAAUUUCUUGUGCCUAUCCAACAUGCUUCCCUCUCACCCAGUUUACCUGCGCUAAUGGCCGCUGCAUAAAUAUCAACUGGCGCUGUGAUAAUGACAAUGACUGCGGGGAUAACAGCGACGAAGCUGGCUGCAGCCACUCUUGCUCCAGUGUGCAGUUUAAAUGCAACAGCGGCCGCUGCAUCCCGGAGUACUGGACCUGUGAUGGCGACAACGACUGCGGAGACUACAGUGACGAGACUCAUGCCAACUGCACCAUCCGGGAGCCCCGCCCUGCUGGCGGCUGCCAUGCAGAGGAGUUCCAGUGUCGGAUGGAUGGGCUUUGCAUUCCCAUGCGCUGGCGCUGUGAUGGCGACACCGACUGCAUGGACCUCAGCGACGAGAACAAUUGCGAUGGUUGGAAUCACACGUGUGACACAGCGGUGAAAUUCAGCUGCAGGGACUCUGCUCGCUGCAUCAGCAAAGCCUGGGUGUGUGACGGGGACAGCGACUGCGAGGACAACUCAGACGAGGACAACUGCGAGGCGCUGGUGUGCAAGUUGUCUCACCACAUGUGCGCCACCAAUGACUCCAUCUGCCUGCCCGCCGAGAAGCUGUGUGACGGCACCGACGACUGUUCAGAUGGCUCUGACGAGAAGCUCUGCGACUUGUGCUCUGUGGAUAAUGGUGGAUGCAGUCACAACUGCAGCAUUAUUCCCGGGGAGGGCUUCAUGUGCUCCUGUCCCCUGGGUAUGGAGCUGGGAGCCGACAACAAGACCUGCCAGAUCCAGAGCUUUUGUGCCAAACACCUCAAAUGUAGCCAGAAGUGUGAACAGGAGAAAUCCAGAGUCAAGUGUUCCUGCUACGACGGCUGGGAGCUGGAGGCAGACAUGGAGAGCUGCAAAAGUACCGAUCUCUUCAAACCUUUCAUUAUCUUCUCCAAUCGGCAUGAGAUCAGAAGGAUCGACCUUCACAAGGGAGAGUUCAGCGUGCUCGUACCCGGCCUCAGGAACACCAUUGCUUUGGACUUCCACCUCAACCAGAGCACCCUGUACUGGACCGACGUCGUGGAGGACAAGAUCUAUCGUGGGAAGCUGUCUGAAAAUGGAGCCCUGACCAGUUUCGAGGUGGUCAUCCAGUAUGGCCUGGCGACGCCAGAGGGCUUAGCCGUGGAUUGGAUAGCGGGAAACAUUUACUGGGUGGAAAGCAAUCUGGACCAGAUCGAGGUGGCAAAACUGGACGGGACCAUGAGAACCACACUGCUGGCUGGAGAGGUGGAGCAUCCCCGGGCUAUUGCUCUGGACCCACGGGACGGAAUUUUGUUUUGGACGGACUGGGACGCCAGUCUGCCCAGGAUAGAGGCAGCGUCCAUGAGCGGGGAAGGCAGACGCACCAUCCACAGGGAGACAGGCAGUGGUGGCUGGCCCAACGGACUCACUGUGGACUACAUGGAAAGACGCAUUGUCUGGAUUGAUGCCAGGUCGGAUGCCAUUUACUCGGCGAUGUACGACGGUUCUGGACUGAUUGAGGUGUUGCGUGGUCAUGAGUAUCUGUCCCACCCCUUUGCUGUCACCAUGUAUGGAGGAGAAGUCUACUGGACCGACUGGCGGACAAACACCCUCGCUAAAGCCAACAAAUGGACUGGACACAACGUCACUGUUGUCCAGCGCACCAACACGCAGCCCUUUGACCUGCAGGUCUAUCACCCGUCCAGACAGCCCCUGGCUCCAAACCCAUGUACCACAAGUGAGGGGAAAAGCCCGUGCUCCCACCUGUGUCUCAUCAACUUUAACCAGACCUUCUCCUGUGCCUGCCCCCACCUCAUGAAGCUGCAGGCCGACAAGCGCACCUGCAAAGAGUCCCGCAAGUUCCUGCUUUAUGCACGACAGAUUGAGAUCCGAGGUGUGGACAUCGAUAACCCUUACUACAACUACAUCAUCUCCUUUACCGUGCCGGACAUAGACAACGUGACCGUGGUGGAUUAUGAUGCUGUGGAGCACCGCAUCUAUUGGUCAGACGUGCGAACUCAGACCAUCAAAAGAGCCUUCAUCAACGGGACCGGAGUGGAAACGGUUGUGUCUGCUGACCUUCCUAAUGCCCACGGCCUGGCAGUAGACUGGGUGUCCAGGAACCUCUUCUGGACCAGCUAUGAUGCCAAUAAGAAGCAGAUCAAUGUGGCGAGACUGGAUGGCUCUUUUAAGAACGCCGUCAUCCAGGGGUUGGAUAAACCUCACUGUCUGGUGGUUCAUCCGCUAUUCGGGAAGCUGUACUGGACUGACGGCGACAACAUUAGCAUGGCAAACAUGGAUGGAAGCAACCACACCCUGCUUUUUACCAAUCAGAAAGGCCCUGUUGGACUUUCCAUUGACUAUGAGACAAAGCAGCUCUACUGGAUCAGCUCAGGUAACAGCACUAUUAACCGGUGCAAACUGGACGGAUCUAAUCUGGAGAUACUGGAAGGUGUCAAAGGAAAACUUACCAAAGCGACUGCUCUGGCUAUUAUGGGAGACAAGCUGUGGUGGGCAGACCAGGGAACGGAGCAGAUAGGAACAUGCGACAAGAAGGACGGUGGAAACUGGAAGGUUUCGCGUAACAACACUUCCCCUAUGAUGCACAUGAGGAUCUAUGAUGAGGAUGUGCAGAAAGCGGGAAUCAACCUGUGCAGCAACAAUAAUGGUGACUGCUCGCAGCUGUGUCUGCCCACUUCCCCGACAACAAGAUCCUGCAUGUGCACAGCUGGAUACAGCCUCAAAACUGGGCAGCAGUCCUGUGAGGGUAUGGGAUCUUUCCUGCUUUAUUCGGUUCAUGAGGGAAUUAGGGGUAUUCCCCUCGACCCGGCAGACAAGUCUGACGCCUUGGUGCCCGUGUCUGGAACUUCUCUGGCUGUGGGCAUCGACUUCCACGCUGAGAAUGACACCAUCUACUGGGUGGACAUGGGACUGAGCACCAUCAGCAGAGCAAAGAGGGAUCAGACGUGGAGAGAGGAUGUGGUGACCAAUGGCAUCGGCAGAGUGGAGGGGAUCACCGUUGACUGGAUAGCAGGAAACAUUUACUGGACUGACCAGGGCUUUGAUGUGAUCGAAGUGGCCAGACUGAACGGCUCGUUCCGCUACGUGGUCAUCUCCCAGGGUCUGGACAAACCCAGAGCUAUAACUGUCCACCCAGUGAAAGGGUAUUUGUUCUGGACAGAGUGGGGUCAGUACCCUCGUAUUGAGCGCUCUCGCUUGGAUGGCUCCCAGAGGCUGGUCAUUGUCAACGUGAGCAUCAGCUGGCCAAACGGGAUCUCCAUCGACUAUGAGGAGGGUCUGCUUUAUUGGUGCGACGCUCGAACAGACAAGAUUGAGCGGAUAAACCUGGAGACGGGAGAGAACAGAGAGCUGGUACUGGCCAGCAACAACAUGGAUAUGUUUGCUGUGUCUGUGUUUGAGGGGUACAUCUAUUGGAGUGACAGGACUCAUGCCAAUGGGUCCAUUAAGAGAGGUAACAAAGACAAUGCUACAGACGCCGUGCAGCUGCGGACAGGCAUCGGUGUACAACUGAAGGACAUCAAGGUUUUUAACAGAGCCAGGCAGCAAGGCACGAACGUCUGCAAAGAAAAAAACGGUGGCUGUGAACAGCUGUGUCUUUACCGUGGCAACGGGGAGCGGACCUGCGCCUGCGCCCACGGCAUGCUGGCCGAGGACAGACGUAGCUGCCGCGACUAUGACGGGUACCUGCUGUACUCGGAGCGCACCAUCCUGAAAAGCAUACACCUGUCGGACGAGACGAACCUCAACGCGCCAAUAAAGCCGUUCGAGGACCCGGACCACAUGAAGAACGUCAUCGCCCUCAGCUUUGACUACCACGGCGGCGGAGGGAAGGGAGCCAACCGCAUCUUCUUCAGCGACAUUCACUUCGGCAACAUCCAGCAGAUCAACGACGACGGCUCCGAUCGCAAGAUAGUGGUGGACAACGUCGGGUCAGUUGAGGGUCUGGCGUACCACCGAGGCUGGGACACCCUCUACUGGACGAGUUACACCACCUCCACCAUCACUCGCCACACAGUGGACCAGAGCCGCUCCGUGGCUUAUAACCGCAACACUGUCGUUACGAUGUCUGGAGAAGACCACCCUAGAGCCUUUGUGCUGGAUGAGUGUCAGGAUCUCAUGUUCUGGACAAACUGGAAUGAGCAGUCUCCCAGCAUCAUGAGGGCCUCUCUGAAUGGAGCCAAUGUGCUGGUGAUCAUUGGCAGUGACAUCAAAACUCCUAAUGGCCUGGCCAUCGAUCACCGUGCUGAGAAACUCUACUUCUCCGACGCCACUCUGGACAAGAUCGAACGUUGCGAAUAUGACGGAAGUAACCGCUAUGUCUUGUUGAAGAACGAACCUGUUCAUCCAUUCGGUCUGGCCGUGUAUGGAGACUACAUAUUCUGGACGGACUGGGUGAGGCGAGCUGUCUUGAGGGCAGACAAGUUCACGGGAGGAGACAUGAAAGUGCUGCGAGCCGACAUCCCUCAGCAGCCGAUGGGCAUCAUUGCUGUGGCUAACGAUACCAACAGCUGUGAGUACUCUCCAUGUCGAACAAAUAACGGAGGCUGCCAGGACUUGUGUCUGCCCACAUCCGACGGACGGGUGAACUGCAGUUGCCGCGGCAAUAGGCAGCUCCUCGAGGACAAUACCUGCUCUUCGCUGAAUAUGUCAUGUGGAAGCGUUGAAGACUUUGAGUGCGAAAACGGCGACUGCAUCAACUACAGCCUGACAUGUGACGGGAUGGCCCACUGCAAGGACAAGUCGGACGAAAAGCAAUCUUAUUGUGCCAAUCGCAUUUGUAAGAAGGGCUACCGAAGGUGCCUUAACGGCCGCUGUCUUGGCCACCAGUUCUGGUGUGAUGGGACAGAUGACUGUGGCGACAAUUCAGAUGAAGUGCCCUGCAACAUGACUCUGUGCAAAGCAGGAGAGUUUCAGUGCAAAGACGGGAGCUGCAUCUCCAACCACAGCCGCUGCGACCAGGUGGUCAACUGUGAGGACGCUAGUGAUGAAAUGAACUGCCAACCUACCGACUGUUCGCGUUUCUUCCGCCUUGGAGUUAAAGGCGCCACCUUCCGGAGCUGUGAGAAAACAACCCUGUGUUAUCUGUCCUCAUGGGUGUGUGAUGGAAACAAUGACUGUGGAGACUUUUCUGAUGAGAGAAACUGUCCAGAUAAGAGGAAGCUGAAAUGUCCCGUUAACUUCUUUGCUUGCCCCAGUGGGCGUUGCAUCCCAAUGAGCUGGACCUGCGAUAAGGAAAACGACUGUGAGAAUGGAGCUGAUGAAACGCACUGCGACAAGUUUUGUUCGCCCACUCAGUUCGAAUGUGGGAACCACCGCUGCAUUUCCAAGAACUGGGUGUGUGACGGCUCCGACGACUGCGGCGACGGCUCUGACGAAGGCCAGAUAUGUGAACACAAGUCCUGCAGCCCUGAUGUUUUCCAGUGCCCGGGUUCCCAUGUGUGUGUGCCCCAGCGCUGGAAGUGCGAUGGAGAUAAUGACUGCCCCGAUGGAGCCGACGAGAGCGUGAAAGCCGGAUGCAUGUACACCAACAAUACAUGCGAUACCAAGAAUGAGUUCAUGUGCCAGAACAGACAGUGCAUUCCAAAGCACUUUGUAUGUGACCAUGACAUUGAUUGCUCGGAUGGUUCCGAUGAGUCCCCAGAAUGUGAAUAUCCACCAUGUGGUCCAGAGGAGUUUCGCUGUGCCAAUGGACGUUGCCUCAACCAGAAGAAGUGGGAAUGUGAUGGCGAGUUUGACUGUCCAGAUCACUCCGAUGAAGCUCCCAAAAACCCUCGCUGCGUAGACUCUGAGAGGAUCUGUAAUGAAUCUUCCUUCAUAUGCCACAAUAAGAAGUGUUUGAAUGAAAGUCUGCUGUGUGACCGAAACGAUGACUGUGGCGAUGGCUCUGAUGAACGCAACUGCUUCGUCAAUGAGUGUCUAAACAGCAAGCUGAGCGGCUGCUCGCAGCUCUGCGACGACCUCAAAAUCGGCUAUAAAUGCAGAUGCCAUCCUGGCUUCCAGCUGAAGCGAAAUGGGAAGACGUGUGUGGACAUAGACGAGUGCACGACCACCUACCCCUGUUCUCAGCACUGCCUGAACACGCACGGCAGCUUCCACUGUCUCUGCGUGGACGGCUUUGAAGUCAGCCCCAAUGACCCCACCAUCUGCAAGUCCACAUCGGAAGUGGAACCCUACCUGAUUUUUGCGAAUCGCUACUACCUGAGAAAGCUCAACCUGGAUGGUUCCAACUACACUCUUAUAAAGCAGGGCCUUAACAAUGCAGUAGCACUGGACUUUCACUAUGCAGAGCAGAUGAUCUACUGGACAGACGUGACCACUCAGGGAAGCAUGAUCCGACGGAUGCAAAUGAACGGCACCAACAUGGAGGUUUUGCACCGAACCUCCCUGAGUAAUCCCGAUGGUCUGGCAGUGGACUGGGUCGGUGGAAAUCUAUACUGGUGUGACAAAGGUCGUGACACCAUUGAAGUCUCGAAGCUUAAUGGCGCCUACCGGACUGUGCUGGUCAACAGUGGCCUGAGGGAGCCGCGGGCUGUCGCCGUGGACGUCCGCUAUGGAUACCUUUACUGGUCCGACUGGGGUGAUAACCCUCACAUUGGGAGAAUUGGGAUGGAUGGCACAGACAGAAAAAUUAUCAUCGAGGAUAAGAUCACCUGGCCCAACGGACUGACCUUGGACUUUGUCAACGAUCGGAUUUACUGGGCGGAUGCCAGAGAGGACUAUAUCGAGUUUGCCAGCCUGGAUGGAACCAGCAGACACACAGUUCUGAAUCACGACAUCCCUCACAUCUUUGCCAUGACGCUCUUUGAGGAAUACAUCUACUGGACCGACUGGGAAACAAAAUCCAUCAACAGGGCGCACAAGACCAUGGGUACCAACAAGACCACCCUGAUCAACACCUUGCAUCGGCCCAUGGAUAUUCACAUUUACCAUCCCUACCGCCAGCCGCCAGUUCUGAAACAUCCGUGCCAGACAGACAACGGUGGCUGCAGCAACCUCUGCCUCCUCUCACCAGGAGGAGGAUACAAAUGUGCCUGUCCUACUAACUUCUAUCUGGCCAGCGACCAGCGGACAUGCAUGUCCAACUGUACGGCGAGUCAGUUUGUGUGCAAGAAUGACAAGUGCAUUCCUUUCUGGUGGAAAUGCGACACUGAGGAUGACUGUGGCGACGGGUCAGACGAGCCUGCAGACUGCCCGGAGUUUAAAUGCAGACCGGGACAGUUUCAGUGCGGUACAGGCAUCUGCACCAACCCUGCUUAUAUCUGUGAUGGAGAUAACGACUGCCAGGACUUCUCAGAUGAGGCCAACUGUGAUAUUCAUGUUUGCCUGCCCAGCCAGUUCAAAUGUUCCCACCCAAACCGCUGCAUCCCAGGGAUCUUCCGAUGCAACGGCCAGGAAAACUGCGGUGAAGGCGAGGAUGAGAAGGACUGCCCGGAUGUUACAUGUGCUCCCACCCAGUUCCAGUGUGCGACGACCAAACGCUGCAUACCUCGCCUCUGGGUGUGCGACCGGGACAACGACUGCGCCGACGGGUCAGAUGAACCAGCCAACUGCACUCAAAUGACAUGCGGUGUGGAUGAGUUCCGAUGCAAAGACUCCGGGCGCUGCAUCCCCGCACGCUGGAAGUGUGACGGCGAGGACGACUGUGGCGACUCCUCCGACGAGCCAAAAGAAGAGUGCGGUAGGAACUUUCUGCCCCCGAAGAGAAGCCAGUGUUGCGGAUGUUUCUACAUUUUUGCGUGCUCCAACUUAUGCUUUGUAAAUUGUGCAGCUGAGAGGACUUGUGAACCUUACCAGUUCAGAUGCAAGAACAACCGCUGCGUGCCGGGCCGCUGGCAGUGCGACUACGACAACGAUUGCGGGGACAACUCGGACGAAGAGAAAUGCCAGCCUCGCCAAUGUUCAGAGAGCGAGUUCGCCUGCACCAAUGGCCGCUGCAUUGCCGGGAGAUGGAAGUGUGACGGAGAUCACGACUGCGCUGAUGGAUCUGAUGAGCAUGGCUGUGAUUUGAAGUGUGACAACGACCAGUUCCAGUGUAAGAGUGGCCACUGCAUCCCGAUCCGCUGGAGAUGUGACUCUGACCCGGACUGCAUGGAUGGCAGUGAUGAGGAGAACUGCGGCAGCACUGCUGGACGCCACUGUCCUCAAAAUGAGUUCCAGUGCAACAACACUCUGUGCAAACCACUGGCCUGGAAGUGUGAUGGGGAAGAUGACUGUGGUGACAACUCUGAUGAGAAUCCAGGGGAAUGCAGGAUGUUCCAGUGUCCUCCUACCAGAGUCUUCCGGUGCCUGAACGACCGUGUGUGUCUGCACAUGUCGAGGAGGUGUGACGGCGUUAAUAACUGUGGGGACGGCUCGGACGAAUUCAACUGUGAGGCCCACCAAGCGACUCCCACGUGUGAGAAGGAUGAGUUCUCGUGCUUCAACGGCAGAUGCAUCAGCUCCAACCUGCGCUGCAACUUCUUCAAUGACUGCGAAGACUUUGGCUCUGAUGAGAUCCAAUGCAAAACAGACAAAAGGCUGAACGACUGCCGCAGCAACAGCACUCAGUGCGGCAACGUAGACGAGGCACAGUGCAUCACCAACGGCACAGACUCCUUCUGCUCCUGCAAAAAGGGUUUCCAGAAGACCGGGCACCACACCUGUGGAGAUAAAAACGAAUGUUUAGAGUUUGGAGUUUGCUCCCAGAUCUGCAACAACACCAAGGGUUCCUACAAAUGCAGCUGCCACAAGUACUUUACCAGGAUCAAUGACACUUGCAAGGCUGACAACAUGAACAGCAGUCGACAGAUCCUAUACAUUGCCGACGACAACGAAAUCCGCAGCCUGGAUCCCGGCAUGCCCAACUGGCGCUACGAGCAGAUCUUUCAGGGCGACGCCAGCGUGCGAAUCGACGCCAUGGAUUUGCACGUUAAAAGCAACCGUAUUUUCUGGACCAACUGGCACACUGGCCGCAUUUCCUCCUACGAGCUCCAGGAGUCGUCCUCGUCCUCAUCGUCGUCCUCCUCAAACUCUCACGGCAACCGCCGGCAGAACGAGGGCGGCAUCACCAACCUGCAGAUCAGGGAGCUGAAGAUGCCCCGUGGGAUAGCAGUGGACUGGGUGGCUGGAAACCUGUACUGGACAGACUCGGGUCGAGAUGUGAUCGAAGUGGCUCAGAUGUCGGGGCAACACUGCAAGACCCUCAUCUCUGGCAUGAUAGAUGAGCCGUAUGCUAUUGUAGUGGACCCACAAAGAAGCACCAUGUACUGGGCAGACUGGGGAAACCAUCCUAAAAUCGAGACGGCUGCCAUGGAUGGCACUCUUAGACAGACUCUCGUUCAAGAAAACAUCCAGUGGCCCACAGGAUUAGCCGUGGACUACUUCAAUGAGCGUCUUUACUGGGCCGAUGCGAAACUCUCGGUCAUCGGCAGCGUUCGCCUGGAUGGCUCAGACCCUGUCGUCGCCGUCUCUGGCAUCAAAAACCACCUACUCCAUCCUUUCAGCAUCGAUAUCUUUGAGGACUACAUCUACGGUGUCACUUACAUGAACAACUUUGUCUUCCGGGUCAACAAGUUCGGCAAAGGCCCGAUGGAAAACCUUACAACAGGCAUCAACCACGCCACUGACAUAGUCCUAUACCACCGUUACAAGCAGCCAGACAUACCUAACCCAUGCGACAAGAAAAAGUGUGAGUGGCUGUGUCUUCUGAGCCCCAGCGGGCCCGUUUGCACCUGCCCCAACAACUACGUCGCUGACAAUGGUACUUGCGUGGAGAGACCGAGCCCCACUUCCUCCUCUUUCACUCCUCCAUCAGAGCCCUGCAGUAUCCAGUGUCUGAACGGUGGGAGCUGCUUCUUCAAUGCCUAUCAGGUGCAGAAAUGUCGCUGCCAGCCCAGCUACGUUGGAGCGCGAUGUGAGAUCAACCAGUGCAGGGACUACUGCAAGAAUGGAGGCACCUGCACCUCUUCCCAUACAGGCACUCCCACUUGUAGGUGUCCGAAAGGCUUCACAGGGCCGAACUGCAACCUCCACACUUGCCAGGAUUACUGCCUGAAUGGUGGCAGCUGCUUGGUCAGCAUGGGCAACCAGCCAACCUGCAGCUGUAAACCCGAGUACCAAGGAGACCAGUGCCAGUACAGUAAAUGCGAAGGGUUCUGUCAAAACGGUGGAACCUGCUUGCAGACCUCCAACGGCACCAAACUGUGUCAGUGCUCCACCCAGUUCACGGGACUCCAUUGUGAUCUCAACAAGUGUCUGUUCUGUGGAGACGGCAAGUGUUUCACGCAGCGCACCGGGGAAAUCGCCUGCAACUGCACCAAUGGUCAGACCCACUCCACCUGCUACACUUGCUUGGACUACUGCUCUCACGGCCAGUGUUCAUUCGACACCCGCACGCAGCUUCCUACAUGCAGGUGUCAUUCUGGAUGGUCAGGAUACAGAUGCGACGUUGCAUCUUCCCCUGUGGAUUCUUCUGAUGCCACCGGUGGCGUUUCCGCCUCGGUUGUGAUUCCGAUCCUCUUGCUGCUCCUGCUGGCGCUGCUGGUUGUUGGCGCCAUCUUGUGGUACAAGCGGAGAAUGCGUGGUGCCAAGGGAUUCCAGCAUCACCGGAUGACAAACGGAGCCAUGAAUGUUGAGAUCGGGAACCCGGCCUAUAAGAUCUAUGAAGGAGAUCCUGAUGACGAGGCCGGGGAGCUGCUAGAUUCAGACUUCACUUUGGACCCAGAUAAGCCCACCAACUUCACCAACCCUGUGUACGCCACCCUGUACAUGGGCGCCCACAACAGCCGCAACUCCCUGGCCAGCACGGACGAAAAGAAGGAGCUUCUGUCCCAAACCGACGAGGACAUGAAUGACCCGCUGGCGUAGAGCUCAGCCGGGAUUGAUCUCUGCCGACGUCGCCCGCCUCCUCCCACCCAGAGCUGAGCCAGCAAGCUCCCUCUUUUUUUUUCUCUCUCUCUCUCAUCUUAUGCCUUUACCAGCUGAAAAGAAAAGCAACAAAGGAGAAAAACAACGGCAAGAACUCUGUACAAAAUGUAUAAAAAUGAAGGACUACUUUUUUAAGUGAUUGCAGUAUUAUAUUUUGUUCCUUGACAUAGAAAAAACAAACAAACAAACAAAAAAAAAUAACCGGUGAGGGAAAAGCAAACCAUUUUAUAGACGUUUUAUCAGUUCUUUUUAAUUUUGUUCACUUCCUCCUUACAUAUAGCCACUACCUCUGUGCAAAUGUAAAAGAUGGAGAGAGACAUGGCUGUGGAGCAGAUGUCAUAUUUUUAUUUAGUUUUUUUAUUUGUUUUUUUAUUCGGGGGAGAGGGGCGUAUGGAUUGUACUGGGGGGGGGACAGAGAGAAGCAAGGGAUUAUCAUUCCAUCCUGGAGGAAGAAGUUGCCCAGUGUUUAGUUGCUCAGAAGAGUAAUGUCAGUGCUUCCUGGAUGCUUUCCACUUUAGAUGUGCAUGUUUAGUUUGCUGCCGGAAGGAGACUGACGGAGGAAUGCACACAGAGGACUCAGCAGCUACAUUCAAGUGAUUGUCUUUUACCUCCUUGCACAGAUUAAAGUUAUAUAUAUAAAAAUCUAUAUUUCCAUAUAUAUAAAAAAUAUAUAUGAAUCUUUUAACAAAGUGUCUUGAAAAUAUUACCCAGGAAUACAAACAAACAGUAACAAAUAGCAGUCUGUACUUUUUAACAUUUUAUUUUUCAAGUCCUUGUGUAAUCUUCGUCAGCAGCAAUGAAUGAUUCAGUUGCAGUUUUUUGAGCGUUUAACGAGGAUGAUUGUAAGUCCACAUUCCUGGAUUUAACAAAAAAAAAAGGAAAAAAAAAUCCAGGAAUGGAUAUCUGUGGCCUUGGGUUUGUUUUAUUAUUUUUAAUUUUUUAGAUAUCUGUGGGACGUGAUGGGAGUGGUGACACUGCUCCACAUAGUUUGUUUUAGAGGGGACAACAAAAAAAAGAGGCAAAAUUGUCUAAACUCACUGAAAACGAGCAGAGGUUGCAUUUUAG